UAGACUUCAAUUACACCGAGCCGCUUGUCUCCUCGUCUCCUCAGCCACCGCCGGGGACCUCAUUUUCUUUCCCUCUUUUUUUUAGCUUUUAGGAAUUUUUUAAUCUAAUCGCCACAACAUGCCCAAAGACAAGGAUGACGGCGGAUGGAAGAAGUUUUUGUGGAAUUCUGACACGGGAGAGUUCCUGGGGCGCACGGGAGGAAGCUGGUUUAAAAUCACAUUAUUCUACAUCAUCUUCUACGGAUGUCUGGCCGGAGUUUUCAUCGGGACCAUCCAGGCCAUGCUGCUGACUCUGAGCAGCUACAAGCCCACCUGGCAGGACCGCGUGGCCCCACCUGGCCUCACACACACCCCACGCUCAGACAAGGCUGAACUCUCCUUCAGCGUGAACGACGUGGAGUCCUACCUGCCCUACACCAAAGCCCUGAAGGACUUCCUGGCCAAAUAUGAUGACGAAAAGCAGAACGACCCCACGAAGUUCGAGGACUGUGGAGAUGUGCCGGCAGACUUCAAGCACCGAGGGGACCUGGAGAGCGACGUGGGCACCCGCAGGGCCUGUAAGUUCCCGCGCUCUCUGCUGGGACCCUGCUCCGGGAUUGAAGACCGGAACUUCGGCUUCGCCGAUGGCAAACCCUGCAUCAUCGUCAAGCUGAACAGGAUCGUCAAUUUCAGGCCAAGACCCCCUGUGUCUAAUGAGAGCGUCCCGGUGGAAGCCCAGUCUAAAGUGCAGCCCUUUGUGAUCCCCCUGUACUGCACCAACAAGAAAGAAGAGGACGCUGGUAAAGUGGGCGAGAUCAAGUACCACGGCAUCGGCGGCGGCUUCCCUCUGCAGUACUACCCCUACUACGGCAAGCUGCUCCACCCCCAGUACCUGCAGCCUCUGGUGGCCAUCCAGUUCACCAACCUGACCAUGAACACGGAGCUGCGCAUCGAGUGCAAGGUAUACGGCCAGAACAUCGACUACAAUGAGAAGGACCGCUACCAGGGCCGCUUCGACAUCAAGAUCCAGAUCAACAACCUAUGACCCGGACAAUAGCGCUGCAAAAAUAAAAAGGCAAAUUAUAUCAAAAAAAUCAUUAAAAGGGAGGUAGUAGCUGUAGCGGCUAAGUCAAUCACUGAGAAAUCUUUAGCUUUUAAACUCUAGCUUGUCCAUUCUGGAUGCUUCCAAAUAGCAGUAGGCGUUUUUAGUAAAGCUGCAUUCACGUGGUCCUGUGUGUUUCUUAAGAGGGGGACGAGACAAGGCUGUCCACUAACUCAGUAAUUAUUUAUUGAACUAUUUAUUAACACUAAAUGAAAAAUCACUCCACCCCAAGCUACCUGGAUGUAUCCUAAACUCUCACUUUCUUUGCCAAUUUGGCUUGUAGUUAGACUUUAAAUCGGUAAAAGAGGACCACUUGAAUGCAGCUAAUAUUUUCCAUCUUUUAAAAACUUGUAAAGUGAAUUUUAAAGUGGCGGUCAAAGAUGCACAAUUGAUGGCUUGGUUAAAAGUGGAAGACCAUGAUUUGAGAUGACCAUGCUUGCCUUUGUUUUGUUUUGUUUUUUAGAGAAAUUCCUAAAGGAUUAGUGUGGGAAAUAAAGCCAGCACAAGUUGAGUGGAAAAAAAAAAAGUCUUAGAUUUUAGAGACAAUUCUUGAAGCCAUGGGACAAGUGUCAUUCCAUCACUUUUAAAUCGCCUUGCCUUCCACACAUUUUUAAAAUUCCAUUUCCCUUUUAUUUUUGUCGCUGUGUACAUAAGUACUAAGUGACCCUAACGCACACUUAACUGUUCUCCGAUCUGAACAGGCUACACUCCAGGGAACAACUUCCUCAUUUCUUUUCGUUUUUAAUCUUUUUGUGCUAUUUUAAAUGAUUCUUCUGCCUUGCAUACACCUGGUUAGCCACACCCUCUCCGGUGCUAGCUCUUCCUUAGCUGGAUUCCUCGCAGUGUCCUAACUCUGUGAAUGUUUUAGCCAUUAAACAUGAAUUUUAUAUUUAUGCAGCUGUGUACAUGUUUUUUUUUGUUCUUUUGUGAUGUAUAAAUGCAAACCAAAGUGCUGACGAUGGAGAAUGGUACGUCUGACAGCGUUUCAUUAUUACAUUCAAGUCUUAAUUUCCCAGGCAAUGUUGAAUGUACUGCGGCAGUGGUAGAUAUUUCUGCACACAUUAAAUAUAUGCAAGAAGCUCUUUAUGACCAAUGAGAAUUAUGAUGGCAAUAUCUUCCAGGAUUUCAUGUACAUGUAAAAAGAAUAAAGAGUUUCAGAAUGAGCUCAUUCAAUUCCAAAAUAAAAAACUAUAAGAAAUA